AUGCCACACGGCGAGGUGAGGGUGGAGAAGGUCGACAGGAUCGGCUUCCUCUACAAAGCCGUCGCCCUUAAGCAGCAGCCGUCGGCGUACGCCAACCCGGGGAGUGCCGUCGCCCAUAAGAAGCCGGCUUCUGCUGCUGCUGUCGAUUUCGCCGUCUCCAGGGAGAUGAUCGAUGACUACAUCGCCAGGAUGAAGAAGCGAUCGCAUGGAGCCCCACCGCCGGCGACGCGGGACCGGCGGUGGCCGGGAGCAGGACCGCCUCAGCGGCCUCCCCGACGAGAUGCUGCACAUAAUCCUCCGCCACCUCCGCUCCUUCCGCGCCGCACCAGCGCGCUCUCCCGCCGCUGGCGCCGCGUCUGGGCCGGCGACCCCGACCUCGUCCUCUCCGGUGACCUGCGGUUCCGCGCCGUCAAGGGCGCCCUCGACGCCUACGAAGCAGCCGCCGACCCGGCCGCCCAAGUCCGCGGCCUCGAGGUCGCCAACGUCCCGGCCUGCUGCGUCGUGCCGUGGCUGCGUUUCGCCGCGCGGCGCCGCCCGGGCGCGCUCCACCUCCGCGUCCAACAUUCCUACUCGGGAAACUUCCCUCGGCUCGGCCAGCUCGAGCUGCCGCCAUUGGAGAGGGCGACGAGCAUCGCGCUCAACCUCGGCUCGCAAUUCCACCUCCGCCCCCUUCCGUCCGGCGUGUUCGCGGCGCUGGCCGAUCUGGAGAUCACGUCUUCCACCAUGGAUGCCCCGGCGCUGGAGGUCCUCGUGUCCACGCAGUGCCCGCGCCUGCGGAAGCUCAGCGUAUCCGUCACGCUCGUCCCCGCCUCCGGCAUCUCCCUGCGCUCCGCCACGCUCCAGCACCUCAAGUUCCACGUCCCCACGCCACGGCUCGACAUCGCCGCCCCUGCGCUCAGGGUGCUCGACACAUUGCACGGGUGCGAUGACGCUCACAUCGCCGCCCCGAACCUGGCCGAGGUCACCUGGGGCCUCUGUGACAGUUUCGUCUUCGCCGAUGCCGGGCGCCACCUCAGGCGGCUAGACCUAACGUCGUGCACGCGUGCUGCGAUGGCACGGCUGGUGCGGCGGUUCGACUUGGUCGACGAGCUCCGAAUCCCUGCCCCGCUUGUGCGUCCACGAUCCACAUAUGAACACGAUUCCUCUCCUUGCAUGUGUUGAUCGAUCAGAUGCGGUCAACCGAUGGCUAAUUCAUUUUUUCUUUUGCAACCUAUUUGGCAGGAAGGAGACAAAUUCUGGAGAUUCUCUUGUUGUAAUGAAGGGUGACAUAAAGAAGGCCAAUGGUCUUUACGAGGUACGAGACAAUGGCUAUGAUCUUCCAAUGUGUCAGAACCUGUUGAUAUCAUCAUUGUGAAUCGUCAUGCCUUUAUACCUUGCGUGCUACGCCUCCUGAGAGGCAAUGGUGUAAGGAAGCUUGGAAUGCACGUUUAUGCCUCCACGGGUACUUACUGCUCAACAUCUUGUUCAUGUCGCUCGCCCCAAAACACCAUCAUCUUUGAUUCACUUGAAGAGAUUCAGUUGGAUUUACUCGGUGGAGAUGAACAUUUGGAAAAAAUUCAUGAAGCAACUCCUGUCCAUGUGCAGCCUAGCGAAGCUUAAAACUGUAGAAAUCAACAGGUUACAGAAACAUGCUUCUUCGCCAAGCGACCAGGUAUACAACAUGAUCUGCGGCAUAUGUCCUCCGAAUAUCAGCGUCAGAUUAGAUUUGUUUCCUUAGAGGCCAUGUUAGAUUCUUACAUGAGCUAGCGUGAGUUGGGGCCCUAUUCUACUCACAACUAAAAAAGUUCUAUGACACCGUUUCUAUGAAUUUUACAAGAUCUUUGCAAGCUUUGAUCGACUUUUUAGUUUUACGUAUCUGUAUAACUGAAUACAUCUGCAUUUAGACCAAAGAGAUUGAUAUGCUACUUAUGCAUGUCCAUGGGCUCUAAGGGUUUUGAGCUGCAUGGUGUUACAAAUGUUAUCAGAGCAUCAAACUCGUUUUUCAUGAUCCAGUGCUGUGUAGCACGCUAAGUCAGUGUAGCGUUGUAUAUCUUGUCCAGUG